CUGCGCACGAAAUGAGUGCGGUGACAUUGAGAGCUGUGGGACUUCUGCUCGCUGUUCUUUAUUCUGUCACAGGCGCUGUUGCGGACAAAACGGUAUACUCCAGCGUCGGCAGCGGCGUUACGCUGCCGUGUACCCAAGUCCCUCAUGCGAACUGCUCCUCAACUACUUGGCUGUAUUCCGAGGAUUUUCGGACAACUCGUACCGUGUUUGAAGAUGGGACGAUGAAACUGAGAAAAGAGAGACUGAGUGUGGACAGCGCCUGUUCUCUGCGCAUUGCUAAUGUGAGCGUGGAAGACCGAGGAAAGUACACCUGUCGGAAGUUUGUCAACGGAGAGCGGCGUGGAGCUGAUACCCGGGUUCUCCUUUGUGUUUUGUCCGUGUCCCGGGUGGCACGGCCGAGCGCCGACAAGACCCUUUCGGCGCUGCAGUGCGUCCUGCUGCCCUGUGGUGGCCCUGCGUCCUGUAGCGGGCACAACACAAUGAGUCUGAGGUGGGUGGACGGCACAGGGACCGAGAUACAGAACGACUUGAGGUACGAGGAACAGAAAUCCUCCUGUAACAUCACCCUGUCAGUCAAGCAGAAGCGGGCAGACAGCAACGGGGAACGGACAUGUCAGCUGGUCGAUGGGUCCGAAGUGAAGACGUCACGCAGCUACCCUGAUGACGAGGGCAGCGGUUGCCAUGACGAGGAAACCACAGGUAUAGUAACUGGUGUAGUAACUGGUGUAGUAUCCGGAGUGGCUGUGCUUGCUGCUGUGCUUGUCGCUCUCGUUGUUGUGGCGAUGCGAUGCCGAAGAACAGCCUCUGAGCAGCGUGAAUCCGGGAAAACAACCACUCCUCCCAGCUAUGAAUACGAAACAGUCGGUGUGAGUAAAGGAGCAGUAAUAUGA